UCUGCUUUUUUCAUUUUGUUUGUGAUGGCGCUCGUCAGGGGAGAAUGAAGGAGAGUCUGAAAUAUUGACUGCCUGUCGUCGGAUAUUUCGACUUCAGUUCGACAGCGCAAUCUGUCAGAGUUGUGAUAACAUCCGGCACAUUUUACACCCAUCGAGUUACUUUCGUUGGUUGAACGUGUUUGGCUAAAGGUUUACACUCGAUGUAUCCGUCAUGGGGUCGGUAUGGUGGGGGAGGGGCGCACCUUCCAUACUAUGGCGGAGCUGCUCAGCCGCCGCUCCUUCCUGCGCCGCGUGUGCCGGCCCCGGGGCUCGUUGUUGGUCCCACCACCGUACCCCCGCCGGUCCCUAGUACCGGUUUAACGUCUAACUUCCAGACACUAAGGGAGCAGCAUCUCCAGCAGAUGCAGCAGUUGCAGCAAAUGCACCAGCAGCAGUUGCAGUCAGUCUUGCAGUAUCCUGCCCAUCAGCACCAACCACCACCGUCAAUACCACCGCCACCUUUACCACCUCAUCUGCAACAACCUCCACCGAACAUUUGGGACACCAGCAAUGCCCCGAGCCAACUCACCCAGAGUAGCCAAUCCACUCAACAACAUCCAGAUUACUCCGCCGUGGCUUUACAGUCAACUUCAGCAAGCACUGUGACAGCAUCUGGUGACAAAAAGGCGAAUGAUUACUCCAAAGCAAUAAAUGGCUCUUAUCAACAGCAACAGCAACAAUAUUGGUAUCAUGGAGGCAAACAGUAUGGAGGUCAGCAGGAACAGAGUCAGAGUGCAGAAAUGAACCAGAUCAGUGAUUCUGCACAGCAAAAACCUGGAGAGGCCAAGGGCUGUUAUACUACACAGCCACCAUUGCCACCGGCUCCACCUUAUGAGGCAUCCAAAACACAACCACCGCCUCCACCUCCUAAAGAGGAGAUGCCUCCACCUCCCCCACCUGAAGAAGCAAAGCCUACUAUCCAACCUCCAGAAAAUCCAGAGGAAGCAGAGAGAUUGAAAAUGCUACAGGCAGCAGCCGCUCAGUGGCAGCAACAACGUAUCGAGUAUCAGCAACAAAGCAUGAUGCAACAACAUAAUCAACUUCAACAACUGCUGCAACAAUACCAGCAGAUAAUGCAGCAGAUCCAACACGUGCAGUCUCUACCUCUAGAAAUGCAGCUGAGACAUUUGGAGAUGCAGCAGCAGCAGUUCAUCCCUCUAUAUCAAGAAUGGCAGCGACAGUUUCAGAUUUGGAAGGCUCAGCUACAAGCCUAUCCUAACAAGGAUCAACUCCAACAGUACGAAAUACAGUGGAACCAAUGGCAAGAACAAAUGGUAUCAACGAAUCAUCACUUUCAAGAAAGAAUGGAUGCUCUCAGAAAUGUUCAACAACAGUACAUGAACAAUCAAUCCCAGAAUUACUUAGGAAAUGCAUCAAGAGGAUUGCCCUCUCAAACUCUACCAAUGCCUCCAGUGCCACCCAUGGGAAUGCCCCCUACGCCACCACUAACUGGCUCUUCUACACAAGGUGCAACAAGUUCACCUGUAGUCUCAGUUUCCUCGGAAGAAAAGAGUCCGCCAAUUUCCCAAAGUUCUUCAUCUGUGUCUCAGGCCCCUCCAUUGGUUUCUCAGGCCCCUCCAUUGGUGUCUCCAGCCCCUCCCUCCAUGUCUCAAGCCCCCCCACCAGUGACUCAGGUGCCUCCACCAGCAACUCGGAUGCCCCUGCCAAUGGUUGGAGUCCCUCCACUGAUGUCAGGUGCACCACCUCCAAUGACUAUGCCACCCCCGUUAAUGACUCUGCCACCUCCACCAAUGACUUUGCCACCUCCACCAGUGUCUCUAGCUCCUCCACCAAUGACUCUAGCCCCACCACCGAUUUCUCAAGCCCCGCCACCAGUGUCUCAGGUCCCUCCAUCAAUAACUCAGACCUUUCCACCAGUAUCACAGCCUCCUCCACCAAUGACUUGGGCUCCCCCAUCAAUGACUCAGACCUCUUCAGCAGUUUCACAGGGCCCCACCCCAUUAUCUCAAAGUUCACCUGGUGUCACAGAACCGAAGAAACCUUUGAUUCCAACACCACAUGAUGAAGUGAAGGUGUCUCCUUCAGUUUCAACCUCACAAUAUAAUCGAUUUGGGCAAUAUGGGACAAAGCCAUCAGACCAAUCACAAAGUGGGCUGCGAUUUGAAGAUCUUGGAGCUCCAAGGUUUGAUGGGCCUCAUGGAAGAGGAAAGCGCAAAUUUGAUGAACCAGGAGUGAGAGACCUUUCUCGAUCACGCUUUGAUUCAAGAGGUCCCCCGUUUCAAGGUCAUUGCUUUGAAGGGCAGACUGUGGGCCAGCAUGGUGAGGGUGCUGGACAGCACAUUGAGAAAGAGGCUGCAGCUCAUCAUAUUGAAAGUGAAGUUAGAGGUUCAAGUGUUGAAGAUUCAACUCGGCAGCCACAAGAUGAGGAAAAAGCUCCAGGACAUCAACCUGAAGAUAAAGCAUUGAGUCAGGUUGCAGAAAAUGAAUUUCAAACACAGGAUCCAAGUAAUUGUCUUGAAAAACAAGGUUUGCUUAAGCAUCCUGAGGAGCAGGGUUCUGGAAAUCAACUUGAGAAGAUAGAUAACACCAAGGAGCAGGUUCCUGACAAAAUGCUGGAUAAUUUCCUUCAGAAAAAGGGAAGUUCCCUCGAGGCACAGGGCCCUAUUAAUUGCCAAGAAAAGCACGGUCCUGGUAAUGAACUUAAGAAGCAAGGUAAUAGCUUUGAGGGUCAGAGUCCCAAUCGUUGCUUUGAAAUGCAGGGUGCCAGUAACCGCAUUGAAAACCAAAGCACUGGUAUUCUCUUUGAGACCCAGGGUCCUAGCAAGAGCGUUGAGGCCCAGGAUGCCAGCAAACAACUUGAAGGGCAAAUUGCAAGUAAUAGUGUCAAGAGUGAGAGUUCCGGCAGUCAUCUAGAGGGUUCAGGUCCUGGCAGUUGUCCUGAGAGUUCAGUUCCCAGCAGUAGCUCUGAGGGUCAAGGUCCUGGCCAGCGUUUUAAGGGGCAUGGUCCAAGGGGUCGCUUCAGAGGCCAUGGAUCUGGCAAUCGUGUUGAUGGCCAUGGUCCUUACGGUCGCUAUGAGGGCCAGGGUCAGGGCAGCAGCUUCGACGGUCAGGGUCCCGGUGGCCAUUUUAAGGGCCCAGGUGUGAGCAACCGCUUUGAUAGCCAAGGUCCGGGUGGCCACUUUGAAGGCACGGGUCAAGGUGGAUGCUUUGAGGGUCCAAACAGCCGCUUUGAUGGCCAAGGACCAAGAAACUAUUUUGACAGCCAAGGACCGAGGGGCCAUUUUGAAGGUCCAGGUGGCCGAUUUGAGGGACCGGGCAGCCAUUUUGAAGGCCAGGGUCAAAGAGGCAAUUUUGAGAGCCAGGAUCCAGGAAGUCACUUUGAGGGUCCAGGAGGCCGUUUCGACGGCCCGGGAGGCCGGUUCGACGGCCCGGGUCCGGGAGGCCGCUUCGACAGUUCGGGUCCUGGAGGCCGCUUUGACGGUCCGGGUCCUGGGGGCUGCUUCGACGGUCCGGGUCUGGGAGGCCGCUUCGAUGGUCCUGGUUCAGGGGGCCGCUUCGAUGGUCCGGGUCCAGGUGGCCGCUUCGACGGUCCGGGUCCGGGUGGCCGCUUUGACGGUCCGGGUCCGGGAGGCCGCUUCGAUGGUCCGGGUCCGGGAGGCCGCUUCGACGGUCCGGGUUCAGGGGGCCGCUUUGACGGUCCGGGUCCAGGGGGCCGCUUUGACGGUCCGGGUCCAGGGGGCCGCUUCGAUGGUCCGGGUCCAAGGAACCGCUUUGAGGGGGCAGGUCCAUGGGGCCGCUUCGAGGGCCCAGGUCCAGGAGGCCAUUUUGAAGGCCCAGGUCCAGCAGGCCGCUUUGAGGGCCCAGGUUCCAGAGACCACUACGAAAGCCACGGUCCAGGAGGUCAUUGUGAAAGUCAUAGUGCGGGAGGCCCCUUUGAGGGUCUGGGUGAUGGCAGUUGCUUUGAAGGCCAAGGUCAGGAAGGCCACUUUGAGGGCCAGCUUCAGGGAGGUCGUUUUGACCGCCAGGGGCGAGGUGGCCACUUUGAGGGUCAGGGGCGUGGCGGCCGUUUUGACCGCCAGGGGCGAGGCGGCCACUUUGAGGGCCAGGGGCGAGGCGGCCACUUUGAGGGCCAGGGGCGUGGCGGGCACUUUGAGGGCCAGGGGCGUGGCGGGCACUUUGAGGGCCAGGGUCGAGGGGGGCACUUUGAGGGCCAGGGUCGAGGUGGCCGCUUUGACGGCCAGGGUCGAGGCGGCCGCUUUGACGGCCAAGGUCGAGGUGGGCACUUUGAGGGCCAGAGUCGAGGCGGGCACUUCGAUGGCCAGGGUAGAGGCGGGCGCUUCGAGGGCCAGGGGCGAGGUGGGCGCUUCGAGGGCCAGGGGCGAGGUGGGCGCUUCGAGGGCCAGGGGCGAGGUGGGCACUUCGAGGGUCAGGGACGUGGCGGUCGUUUCAAGAAUCAGGGGCGAGGUGGUCAUUUUGAGGGACAGGGACCAGUCAGCAGAUUUGAGGAGCAGGCAACUGUCAGUCAAUUUGAGGACCAGGGCCCUGGUGGUCGCUUUGGGGGCCAAGGUCGAGGUAAAUAUUUUGAGGACCAGAGUCCUGAUAACUGCUUUGAGAGUCAAGGACGAGGCCCAGGUAAUCGCUUUGAGUAUGAAGGUGCAGGAAUUAAUCGAUUUGAUGGUCCUGAGGAUAGUCGCUUUGAUGGCCCAAGGGGUGGAUGCUUUGAUGGUUCAGGUGGCAGUUUUUUUGAGGGCCCUGGUGUUGGGAAUUUUGAGAACCUAGGUGGCAGUCGCUUUGAGAAACAAGGCCCAGGGCAUCGUUUUGAAGGCCAGGGUUCCGGGCCACAUAUUGAGGGACCAGGCGUAGUACACCGAUUUGAUAGACAGGUUCCAGGACAGCGACUUGAGGGUUCUAGACAACGAGUUGAGGGUUCAGCUGGGAGAUUUCAAGGUCCUGGUCCUCGGUUUGAUGGACCAAAGGGACCGAGAUUCAGUGGUCCUCGUGGACCUUCUCCUAGUGGAUCCUCUGUGCCUAGCUCGAGAUGUAAAGGUCCUCAAGUUGCAACAGGGCAAAUUGGACAAGAUUUAAAGUCAUCUUCAGAGCAAGUUCAGGAACAAGUAAAAGCUGUUGGAGACAAGAACUUAGAGACUACAGAAGAUAAGGAUGUGAAACAAAACAUAGAUACUGUACCACAGGCUUUAGUGAAGCCAGUAGAUGAAAAAAUUCCAGCCCAUGCAACUUUAUCUGCCACAGACCCUAAAGAUUCAGAUACUUCAGUUAGCAAAGAUUUGUUGAAAAAAAGUGCUGACUUAUCUAAAUCACAUGAAAUUCAAAAAAAAAUGGACGAUUCUGAAGCAGCAACUCCUUCAGUAACUGUUCCUCAGGUCCAAAGCGAUCCAGCUAAAAUGCUGUCUUCAAAUGCUUCAGGUACUGCAAAGGCAACAUCUGAAAAGCACGAGCCAAAAACAUUAGAAACAGGUAAAAGGUUUGAAUCUGCACCAAUGCGUCGGAAUAAUGACCAAGAAAAAGGCCCAGAACACAAGCCACAGAUUGGCAAGGAUUUUAUCCCUAUGCGUAAGGGCGAUGGUCCCAGUAACAUUGAUGGUCCGGAGAUGAGACCAUAUCAGAGGACAGAAAUGCAAGCCUCUUGGCAUCAUGAAGAAAGGAGACAGAUGGAUGAUCGUUUCUCUGGCCCUAGAGGAGCUCCAGAUUAUGAUAGAGAGAGAACUUUAUCCUGGGAAAGGAAUAAUUGGACAGAUACAGGUCCAGACUUCUGGGAUGAGCGCGAUACAUUUAGGAGAGAUGAACGGUCACUUCUUCGUCGGCCCCCUCUGACUCAGGAAGUUUUAAAUAGAAGGGAAAACCGUGGUCCUCCAAAUGAAUCUUUUGACAGAGGUUUUGACCAAGAGUUUGACAGGAGUGGAAGGUCUCAUGAACAUGGUUUUAACAGAGACAAUGAACGGAACAGAGACUACUUCCACAGACCAGAGGAUUGGGAUCAUCACGGUCAUGGACGAGAAUUCUCUCCUCUACAUCUGCGAGCAGACAGGUGGAGGGAAGAACAGUGGAGGAAGGAGCCUGAAAGAGGUUAUCGUCAGGACCAGGAAAGGGAGUUGUGGGGUCGGGACUAUCCAGAAAGACAAGACUGGAGGAGAGAUGAACGAAAUUAUCCUCCAGACAGGUUUGGCUGGCAGAGAGAACGGAUUGAUGACAGAAGAUAUCCAGAAACCGACAACAGGAGGUUACCCUUUGACAAUUUGCCACCCCAGACAGGUCCUGGUCAUGUGUCCACUUUACCUGAAAAACCACCACUGUCUUUCUCUGAUAAAUCUAUGGUGGAUCAAUCACCAGAUGGCCAAAAUAUUGUAGCAUUGUCUGAACGAGAGCAUGAAAUCAUCUUGAAGGCUGCACAGGAAUUGAAGUUAUUACGUGAGUUACAGGAGAUUGGCAAAACUGAUUCUACUGGAAUGCCUCCAGUAAUUCAAGACUACCAAAACUCUAAAACUGGUAAAGACUUUUACAAGGAUAUGACAAAAACUGAAAACUCAUUACUUGGACCUGGACCAUCUGCUGCUCCUAUCCAAUCAGAGCGUUGGGAUACAGAUACAUUCCAUGGCUUAUGGGAUUCUGUGUCUCAACCCAAAAAUUCUGAUUCUAAUUAUGGAUACAGUGAGCCUUCAUCUAUUUCGACUGCUCCUCUAAGCAAGGCACCACCAAUUCAGAAAACAGUUGAUUAUGGACAUGGACGUGAUUCAGGACCACCAGGAAGGAUUGAACAGAUCCCUUAUGGUGAACGAGUUUCACUCGGCCCUGAGCCAGUACGGGAAAGGAUGUAUGACAAAGAUGUACUAGGCCCUCGAGAUCGUUUCGGAGACAGAGAUUCAUUUUUAGAACGAAGGGGAGAUCCUUAUUUGGAUCGUAGAGAUUUUGAUAGAGAGCAUGAUCCAUACAGGGAUAGAUCGAUGGGCGAUUUUGAAAGGGAAGGAUUUGAUCGUGAAAGAUUUGGGCGUGAAGAAAGAACGCCUCAUGGUCCACCUGGUAGAUCAAGUGGAUAUCACAACUAUCAGGACAAUAAAGACCCUUUCAACCGAGGGGGAUUUGAAAGGCCACAGUUUGAUCGCUUAACUGAUCGACCACCAUUUGAUCAUACACCGACUGGUUUUGGAGGUGAAAGAAGAGGAUAUUCUGAUGAGAGGAUACCUGCCUCAGCCCCUCAUCCAGCACAUCCUCCUCCACGUGUUGAAAAAAAACCAGAAAGCAAAAAUGUUGAUGAUAUUCUAAAAAUGCCUGGCAGACAAAGUCGCCCUGAUAGGAUUGUAGUUAUUAUGCGAGGACUCCCUGGCAGUGGGAAGACACAUGUUGCAAAACUCAUUCGUGAUAAGGAGGUAGACAAUGGAGGAGCUGCACCACGGGUUCUCAGCUUGGAUGAUUACUUCAUGACUGAAGUGGAGAAAGUGGUGAAGGAUCCAGACAGUGGCAAACGAAUUAAAAAGAAGGUCUUGGAGUACGAAUACGAGCCAGAAAUGGAAGACACGUACAGAAGCAGCAUGUUUAAAACAUUCCGUAAAACGCUGGAUGAUGGCUUUUUCCCCUUCAUCAUUGUGGAUGCCAUUAAUAACAGAGUUAAGCAUUUUGAACAGUUAUGGAGUGCAGCCAAAACUAAAGGCUUUGAGGUUUAUAUUGCAGAAGUGAGUGCCGAUAAUCAAACCUGUGCGAAAAGGAACAUUCAUGGACGCAAAUUGAAGGAAAUCAAUAAGAUGGCUGAUCAUUGGGAUUCGACUCCACGACAUAUGUUACGUUUAGACAUUAGAUCACUGCUUCAAGAUGCUGCAAUUGAAGAAGUUGAAAUGGAGGAUUUCGAUCCUAGUGCUGAGCAACAGGCACAGCAGUCAGAAGAACAGCAACGAGAUGAAUCUAAAAAGGAGGCUGCUGAUGAAGAGGAGUAUGAAACGGGUUUCCUGACAAAAAGCAAAUGGGAAAUGGACACAUCAGAAGAGAAUCUAGACAAGCUGGAUGGUUUGAGGAGCAGCAACAAACGGAAGCGAGGUUGGCAUGACAGUAUUGCACACCAAUUAGAAGAUUACCUUCAGCUUCCUGAUGACUAUAACUCUCGCUCAUCAGAACCUGGAAAGAAGCGGGUGAGAUGGGCAGAUUUGGAAGAGGAGAAAGAUGCUGAGCGCAAACGAGCCAUAGGAUUUGUGGUUGGACAAACAGACUGGGAGAAAAUUACAGAUGAAAAAGGCGAAUUAGCACAGCGAGCAUUGAACCGAACUAAAUAUUUCUAAAGAAACGUUCAAAUUGUGUUUUUUUACACUGAGGCUCCGCAGUAACAGUGGAGGAUAACAGCAAGAAAUCUUUCAUAAUGGUUGGGCAGACAAGAAUUUCACGACUUUAGAAUUUUUUGUUUUAUUGUUACAGUCAAUGUACGAGCAUUAGACUAUUGGUGGUUAACUUAUCUUAGCAGCCUGUGAGAAAUUUUUUAAAAACUUAGUUGAUAGUGUCAUUAAAAUCUAAGUUGAAACCACACUAAUUGUAAUCCAGUGUGUCCUGGGCCUGCUAUCAUGGCUUUGCUUCAUCAGCUCGUUUUUUUUAUAUGUUGUAUUAAUGUACUGUUUCUUGCUCUGUCCAAACCAAUUGUAAUUUUAAGGAGCAAUAAAGUUAACUUGAAACCAUGGAACAGUGCAGGUGUCUACACA